UUCAGCCGCAUUCGCAUUCGCGGAUCCUCGUCCUUACGGUUGCGCGAAACAUCUCGAGUGUGGUCACUCUACGCGUACUCGCAUUUUCUCCUUCCUCAGAUCAACGCGCAAUAAUCCACAAAGGCGUGUCGUUUCCUUUGUUGCCUAUUUUGUGCUGCAUAGUGCUCGACUUGCAUCUCUGAAGUAGUCACAGACUCGUCUUCAUUACCACACUCUCGACCUGGCCGCUAGGAAGAGCCACGUUCAUCGCGGCUGGUUAGCGAAACCACCGAGAAACGUGAUUCUAGUUACUCGUCGACGGGGGAAAGGCUUAAACACAGAGAGGUGGAAGUUGUCAGGACCGGCGUGUCGGUAUCGUAUCCAUAUCCGGAGGAAAUUUUGACUUGACGUUCUGCUGCACAAGACGAGCGUGCGCUGCUUGAACUAGACCUUACAAUGCCAACGCCCCCUCUAGCCAGCACAGAUGACCACGUUCAUCCGGAUGUGCUCGUGGCUGAUGUCGGUUCAUUCGUGCCAAAAUCCGAAGAUAUGGGCGUUUCCUUCCAUGCAUUCAACUCGACGUCGCAAGAUAAGCUUACGUCGUCUGCAGCACACAGUCCAGGCGCUGCAAUCGCGUUUGAGGCUAGGCCAGGCUCAUCUCAUACUGCUCCGUCCGUCUCAUUAACUCAACUCGACAUGGAUGUUCUCGACAGUAUAGCCAGCGGAGAUCCCUCAGGCGCUUUUAUGAACGGUUUCGCCGCUUCUCACCAGCAAAUACAGAUGCAAAGCUCUGGGAAUGAUGAUAUGCAAGGCGUCACGCCCGUUCGGGAGCAAUCACCGGGGAGCGUCCACACACCGUCUAGCAACCCAUCACAUGCAGCGUCCCCUGUCCCACCACCGUUCUCCAAUGUUUCCACAUCUUCGCUAGCUUCGGCACUCGAGGAACCUAAUGCAUCUUUACUGAAUCGUAGUCGGUCUGGAUCUUUGGCUUCUCCAGGAGCUACAGCCAAUUUCGGAUCACGACCUUCCCCAUCCCAGAGCACACAGGAAGCCUCUUUCAAGUUCACACUCCCCUCGGAAGUAACCGGCAUUCCGCGGCCUGACCCAGUUAAUGCACCCCAUAUGCUUGUUGUGGACGACGUGUUAAACAGUAUAAUGCGUGCAGCAGCUUCUGCUCGCCAGGCGUGCUCGAUGGGCAAGAGUUUUGAGGCUUCUUCGAAAAUAGAUGAAAUGAGGCAGAAGGUCGCACUCGUGGCUGAACUUCUGUCCAAUACCGGCAUAGACUCACCUCCCAAGCAAGACAGUCCAAGAGGAGGUAUGUCUGGCGGCCCUUCGGCAUCGUCAAAUACGCAGGGCCACAGACAUUCAAUGUCGUUACCCCGCCUAACAAACAACCCCUCGACUCCUCCUGGAUUUAUUCCUAAUUUCCCUAACUCGGGUGUCUUGUCAAUACCGUCCGGGCCGUCUUCGCUUGAGCAAGCCGUUGGUGGGCCGUUGUCGAUGGACUUGACAAGCGUCACCGGUAAUCAGGGUAGUCCCGAUUCGGAUACAUCACGCAAGCGGUGUGCAUCAUCUAUGGGUGGUAACCGUGUCAAUAAAGUAAUUCGUCUAGAUCCUUCGGAUGGAAGCUUGCCUCCCUUGACCCAGUCCGCUUCACCUCCUAAAAUCAACCUUGACCUUCCUGUUCUCCAAGGCCAGUCUCUCUCGACAUCGCAGGCCCAAUCAGUAAUGCCUUCUCCUGUUGCAACACUCUCAGGCAAUGCACAAAUUCCUUUAUCGCAUACAGCUUCCUCAGGUUCUCUGUCUUCAUCUCUGACUACCGUAAACCCUAUGAGUACCGGAUCAAUUGUCCCAGGUGCCCCAGCUAUUGUGAAUAUGUCCACAUCACGACCAAUUCCUUCAUCCGCGCCUGUUACGGGUGUUCGACCUGGACUCCUACAAUCCCAGACAUCAUUUCCACUGCCUCUCACAGCUUCGGCCCCUGUUUCUCUCACCGAUACCGGGCGGCGGGAAAUCGAUGCGCAGCUUGGUGUGGAAAUGGCAAGUCCAACGAACACGACGAGCGGAUGGGCCGACUUAUCAAGCACAACACCCGUUCAAUCGCAGUUAGGCUCAGGCAUAGGUACAGUGCGUCCCCAUGACCUUGCUGGUGCAUCCGCAAUGCCUUUUUCUGGCCAACAAUUCACCGCGGCGGGUCAUGCCCCUCCUAUUCCGAUGCAAACUGCUCCUGCACCUCUUGGGCAGAGUUCCGGACUUGGUUCUCGUUCCGGAUCGUUCUCGCAUCCCAACCCUCACCAGUCCAUGUACGGCACUAUGGCCGGCAAUGGAUCUGUAACAUCUGUUGAUCAAGUUCAACAGCCUCAACCGCUGCAGCAACAUGCACCUCCUGAAUUCGUUCCAAGUCAGGGGGGACGUUCACGUGCUCACUCGCGCGCAACGGCUCCUGCACCGCGGUCGCCUAGUUCUUCGUCUUGCGAGGAAGACGGCGAAUCUGAUUAUGAGGGCUCAUACGGCACUUCUUAUGGGCAAUACACCUCAAAGUCAUCGCCGCCCCUCAGAAGUCGGCCUGGUUCGCCGCAUCGCCGUCCGAGUGCUGCUGGAAGUUCUGCUUCGCCUGCAGAUAGUCAACCUUUGUCGAGCGGGGCGAGUAGUGGGAACGAAAUUCCACCCGAGUAUCGUGCUGACGUAGAUCGCGUUUUCUUUGAGUUUUUGAACAAAGUCUGUUCGAAUUUGGAUGCGACGGAUGCAAAAGGUGAAUUAAUUCAUCAGACGCUGAUGGCAAAGAAAAUGCAACGAUUGGAUGAAUCCCCGGACUUCCGACCGUUCAAGUUUCGCAUUCAGGCAUUUACUAAUGGGUUUCUAGAAGAACUUGCUCGGCAAGGAUUCCCGGAGGAGAAAAUCGCGAUGAAAAAGGUUCGAAAUUAUCUAUGGACCCAGCCGUAUAUCUCGCGUUUCAACGAAGACGGCAAGAAGGCCAAAUCAAAGGGCAACCAUAUUUGGAACAUUGAUGCCAAGAAAAAGGCCGAGGGCGGCUGGGAGUUCCGACCUUUCCGACGAAAGCUCGCAGGGGCACCACCGAGCGUUGCAUACAUUGGAUUACGGUGGUCAUGGAUGCCUCGGAUAUGGGACCCUCAAGCAUCGAGGGCAAAUAUCCAAGUACAAUACAGUUCUCCGAAUCUGCCUCCGUGGUUGUCAUGGCGAGAUGGCCAAUUACAAGGGAUCCCGCCUCCAGAUGCGCAGAGCUGUGAGGUUACGGUCGAAGCUAGAACUAUGCAGGACGGAAAGGAAGAAUUGCUUACGCAAACUUUCCUCAUCAGCGUAUCACCAGUUCCGACAGGGACAGACAUGUCCUUCAGCGGCGUUCGGCCUUCUCUUGCUGUGGAUCUUCAUAAUCCCCGACGGGUUAAUAGCGACUCUAUUGUACCCAAUGUUGCAGGCACUGUUGGACGGCCUAUACAAGCCAUGCCGCCGCCACCUUUAGGGCAACCGGCGGCAUUAACAGCGCAGGACGCACAGAUGAUGCAGGUCCUCACGAGUGCUGCGCAGCGCGUUGCUCAGGAAGCACAAGCACAUGUUAUUGCUUCUGCUCGUCCCCACGAGCCGCCUGGGCCUGAACUUCAAGCUCUUGCGAAACAACAGCAUGUCCUCACCGUGACGGCCCAAGCUCUGGAUCAAGAAGUUUCCGUACACCCAGAGGCCGUUCCGCCUUCUUCACAUGCUCUCGUUGCAGCUGCGCAGCAGGUUGUUUUCCAGGCGGCCCGUCAAGUCGCUGCUGACCGCACGGCGGUGAUGUCUCUUGCAACAGGCGUUCCCCCAUCUCAACAAGCGCCAGGAGCUGCACCAGUGACUGUCAAUGAGGUGUCAGUUGCUACGCAAACUGCCGUCGCGCAUGCGGUAGAGAUCACUGGUCCACUGUCGAGUGAAGUGGAUGUCAUGAUGACUGCUAGUUCGAUUCUGCAGCAGCACACCCGGACGCAGCAAAUGAUGACUCCCGUUGAACAGACACCUCUUGCUCAGCCUUCGCUUGAUGGGAUGCGGCCGCACUCAACAGGUACGGUGCCUACACAAUUUUCUUUAACACAGAGCGCUAUACCACCAUACACAGCGACGGCUGCUCCUUUAUCAUCUUUAGGGCCCUUUUAACCCUGUUUCCUUCUAAGUUUCUUUGUUCAUAUAGACAUCUCCCUCUGUCUCUCUCUUAUUGUUUUCUUUGGGCCUUGGGCGCUCAGGCGCGAUUUCCAUAUGCGAAAAAUCGCUUGUUUCGUUACUGCUUUGCACUGACAGUGUUGCUGCUGCUUAUCUUAUAUUAAAUCAUGCCGCUUGCUUCCCUCCUUUCCCCAUCUUUUCCGGUUCAGAAAAAAAGAAAGUUGUAAUCUUUGUACAAAAUAUGCCCGAUGGACAAUUAGA